AUGGCCGACACUCUAACUCCCGAAGUCCUCUGGGCACAGCGCUCCUCCAAGACGGAUGCCGACAAGAACUUCAUCUACCUGACCAUCUCAGUGCCGGAUGUACCGCCCUCAAACCUCAAGCUGGACCUCAAGUCCCAGAGCCUGACCUUCACCGGCCACUCCGACAGCCUCAAGAAGACCUACCACCUCGAGCUCGAGUUCUAUGCCGAGAUCGACCCCGAGGCCAGCAAGGUCAACCACACCGGCAAGAACGUCGAGCUGAAGCUGCACAAGAAGGAGCUCAAAGAGGAGUACUGGCCGCGCCUGCUCAAGGACUCCAAGAAGGUCCACUUCCUGCGAACCGACUUCGACAAGUGGGUCGAUGAGGACGAGCAGAACGAGGCCGCAGAGGACGACUUCUCUCAGUUUGGUGGCAUGGGAGGCAUGCCUGGCAUGGGUGCUGGCGGCGACUUCGGCGGGAUCGACUUCUCCAAGCUCGGCGGCGGUGCCGGUGGCGCCGAGGAGGAGGAGGAGGAAGACGACGACGACAUGCCCCCUCUGGAGGGUGAGGAGGACGAGGAGGAUGAUGACGACGAUGAGGAGGAGGCGCCCAAGGCCGCCGGCAAGGCUCCCGCCGCGAAAUAA